AAGGGGGAGAAACAAAGCGGGCGGACUGAGAAUUCGAACCUGGGCUUCGGUCCUCCAGGGCCAUAGAGAGGGCAGGAAAGAACGGCCGGGCGGCUUCUCGCCGGCAGCGGCGGUUCCCAUGGAAAUGGAAGAUGGGCGGCGAAAGAGUGAGUGUGGGGCCGGAGCGGGAGGCGGCGGGCCGUGGGCGAAACGUGAGCCGGGCGGCGGACAGGCGGGGCCUCCGCCCAUCCCAUCCCACGACCCCCACAGGCCGCCAGCUCUCCUCGGCCCCGCUGCAGGUCCUGCUCUUCCUCAACGGGUGGUACAGCGCGACCUAUUUCCUGCUGGAGGCGUUCAUCUUCGCCUACAAGGUGCUGCUGCUGCCGUACCCGCUCACCAACCUGCUGCUGGACGUGCUGCUGCUGCUGCUCUACCUCGGCAUUGAGACCACGCGCAUCUUCUUCGGUUCCAAGGGCAACCUGUGCCAGCACAAGAUGUCUCUGGCCGUCUGCCUGGCCCUCACUGUGCCAGCGGCUGUCAUGGCGACCUACUGCUUGCUGCUGCAGACCUAUGCCCUGCGCCUGGAGGCCAUCCUCAGCACCAUCCUCCUGCUCUUCUACACCGUGGAGCUGCUGCUGGGUGGCCUGGCGCUCACCUCCUUCUCUAGCAUGGAUGUGUAUUGAGACCCUGCAACAGAGGACCACAGCACUGUUCGAAGAAAUCACUAUUUUCCAAUAAAUAUGUAUUUUUA